AUGGCAGCAUCGGUCUCUUAUAGUGCGUCUAACCUCUUGCUCAAACCGCUCCCCGACCUUGAUGUUGCUGCUCGCCAUACCACCAGCCACGCUCUAUACCAGAUACAUUUCGUCGGAAUUCUGCAACCAUGGGCCAACUUCGAGGCAGAGGUUGCCAACACAUACAACGGCCAGACCUGGAACCUGCAGGCCAUAGCGUCUAAAUUGACGGGCAACUUCCUCGCUGGUUCGGUCCACGAAGAGCGGGUUUUCGUGUGCGACGAACGCGGCAUACAAGGGAGACUAGAGGGACGGGCGGGCACAGCCCUUGGGGCCGUCUUCAAGGCCCAGAACCAGGACCUUAAGCUGGGCGCUUUUAAGGGUGCUUUGCCGCCGCACCCAGGUUACAGGAAGGCCCCUGACUUUGUCCUAAUGACCCAAGCUCACAUGGCGAAGGUCGUGGGAGAAGCCAAGUCUCCUUGGAUAUCUGAGCACCACCUAGAAGACCUCUACAUGUUCGAUUUGCGCCUGAAACAUGGAUUCCUGACCACAUACAACCAAACGGUCUUUCUUCGAAAGGUGGAUGUCGGUCGAGCAUGGGGACUGGAGUAUUCCCCAGUAAUCUACCAUGGAGACAGAGGAAGUGUAUCGGGCACCACUGUCUCGUUUUGUCAGAGUCUUUACCAUGUUGGAUUAUUAGCCCUAGCAGACUCGGAUUUUGGCACCAGCAUAGGCCUGCGGAACCAGACGUGGACGAUUUCUGAAUAA